CGUGUUUCAAAGGGAGGACGGACAGUGCUUGUAAAGUCAUUGCACACCGCAUCAAGCUGUGCGCAACAAGUCAAGGGGUCCAAACUUUCAUUCUUUGCUUUUAAACGCGUUGUCAACAUGUCUAAACCUCUAACCGACCAUGAAAAGCGCAAGCAGAUCAGUGUUCGUGGUAUAGCCGGACUGGGGGAUGUUGCCGAAAUUAAAAAGAGCUUCAAUAGGCAUCUUCACUUCACCCUAGUGAAGGACCGCAAUGUGGCCACCCCGCGGGAUUAUUACUUCGCGCUGGCGCACACGGUGCGGGAUCACCUGGUGGGCCGCUGGAUCCGCACUCAGCAGUAUUACUAUGAGAAAGACCCGAAGCGCAUCCACUAUCUGUCUCUGGAGUUCUACAUGGGCAGAACUCUACAGAACACCAUGAUAAAUCUUGGGCUGCAGAAUGCUUGUGAUGAGGCCAUCUACCAGCUUGGACUAGAUUUGGAAGAGCUGGAGGAUAUUGAGGAGGAUGCAGGACUGGGAAACGGAGGUCUUGGGCGACUUGCAGCUUGUUUCCUGGACUCCAUGGCAUCUCUGGGUUUGGCGGCAUAUGGUUAUGGCAUUCGUUAUGAGUUUGGCAUCUUCAAUCAGAAGAUCACCAAUGGCUGGCAGGUAGAGGAAGCUGACGAUUGGCUGCGUUACGGUAACCCUUGGGAGAAGGCCCGUCCAGAGUACAUGCUGCCCGUGCAUUUCUAUGGCCGAGUGGAGCAUACAAAUGAGGGACCAAAGUGGGUUGAUACCCAGGUGGUGCUUGCGAUGCCUUAUGACACUCCUGUGCCUGGUUAUAAAAACAACACUGUGAAUACUAUGAGACUGUGGUCUGCCAAAGCUCCUAAUGAUUUCAACCUGCAAGAAUUUAAUGUUGGAGAUUACAUCCAGGCUGUACUGGACCGAAACCUGGCGGAGAACAUCUCCCGGGUGCUCUACCCCAAUGACAAUUUUUUUGAAGGGAAGGAGCUCCGUUUGAAGCAGGAGUACUUUGUGGUGGCUGCUACUCUGCAGGACAUCAUGAGACGCUUUAAAUCUUCAAAGUUUGGCUGCAGGGAUCCUGUGCGCACCUCUUUUGAGGCUUUCCCUGAAAAGGUGGCAAUCCAGUUGAAUGAUACUCAUCCAGCUCUGGCGAUUCCUGAACUCAUGAGGAACCUGCUGGAUAUAGAGCAGCUGGACUGGGAAAAGGCAUGGGAGAUCACCACAAAGACGUGCGCAUACACAAACCACACAGUGUUACCUGAGGCUCUGGAGCGCUGGCCUAUCUACAUGUUUGAGAAACUUCUGCCACGACACCUGCAGAUCAUCUACGAGAUCAACCAGCGACAUCUGGAUAGAGUUGCUGCGCUGUAUCCAGGCGACAGUGAUCGUUUGCGCAGGAUGUCUCUGAUCGAGGAGGGCAAUCCAAAGAGGAUCAACAUGGCUCACCUUUGUGUGGUUGGGUCACACGCCGUUAAUGGAGUUGCACGGAUUCACUCAGACAUUGUCAAAACCACUGUGUUUAAGGACUUCUGUGACAUUGAGCCAGAGAAGUUCCAGAACAAGACAAACGGUAUCACACCUCGUCGCUGGCUGGUGCUGUGCAACCCUGGCCUGGCUGACAUCAUCGCUGAGAAAAUUGGUGAGGAAUUCCUGACAGAUCUUUUCCAGCUAAGAAAACUGUUGGACUUUGUCAAUGAUGAAAUGUUCAUUCGGGAUGUGGCCAAAGUGAAACAGGAGAAUAAGCUGAAGUUUGCAGCGUAUCUGGAGAGUGAGUACAAAGUAAAGAUAAAUCCUGAGUCCAUCUUUGACAUCCAGGUCAAAAGAAUCCAUGAGUACAAGAGACAACUGCUCAACUGCCUUCAUGUCAUCACUUUAUACAACAGGAUUAAGAAGGAACCAAACAAGAAGUUUGUUCCCAGGACAGUAAUGAUUGGAGGAAAGGCAGCACCAGGCUAUCACAUGGCAAAGAUGAUCAUUAAACUGUUCACCUCAGUGGGGGAGGUGGUGAAUCAUGAUCCUGUGGUGGGAGACAGACUCAAGGUCAUUUUCCUGGAGAACUAUAGAGUCUCUUUAGCUGAGAAGGUGAUCCCUGCUGCCGAUCUGUCCGAACAAAUCUCCACGGCAGGUACAGAAGCCUCUGGUACAGGAAACAUGAAGUUCAUGCUUAAUGGUGCUCUGACCAUCGGCACCAUGGAUGGCGCUAAUGUGGAGAUGGCAGAAGAAGCUGGAGAGGAACACCUGUUCAUCUUUGGCAUGAGGGUCGAGGAUGUGGAGGCCAUGGACAAAGCGGGAUACAAUGCCAGUGAAUACUACGAGCGUCUGCCUGAACUGAAGCAGGUGAUCGAUCAGAUCAGCGCUGGAUUCUUCAGCCCCAAAGAGCCUGAACUCUUUAAAGACAUCGUCAACAUGCUCAUGAAUCAUGACAGGUUCAAGGUUUUUGCAGACUAUGAAGCAUAUAUCAGCUGUCAAGAAAAAGUUAAUGAACUCUACAGGAAUCCAAAAGAAUGGACCAGAAAGGUAAUCCGAAACAUUGCUGCUUCUGGAAAGUUCUCCAGCGACCGCACCAUCGCAGAGUACGCACGUGAGAUUUGGGGCGUAGAACCAUCUGACGUCAAGAUCCCGCCACCUAAUGAACCACGUGAAUGAGGGAGUGGGCAACAUGAUGGUUUGACGGUGUCCACUGACUCUGCUUGCCUGUUCCUGAACCUUUCCCAGUGUGCUGGUGUGCCUUGACUGGCUUUACCUGAUUCAGAUUCAGGUUUCUCUCUCUAUGCAUAACAACACCAUAUGGAGCCUCCUUAAAAUUCAUUACUGUAGUGUACCCACAACAUACACACAAAAAAAACUAACUCUUCCAUGUGCACUUACAUUGUAGUAUGCUUUAAAUCCCUGUUACUUUCACAUGCACAUACUCAAUUAUCAAUUAUCAUGGUUUCAUUAUGCAAAUUCAAUUUGUUGGUCAUCCGAGACACAUUUAUUGAAACUUCCUUUAGUCAGAACUUCAGUUUACAGAGGUAUUUAUGCAUCAGUUGGUGUAAAUUCUCAAUUUUUGUGCAUUUUACUUUUGAGAGUGGCUGUUGUGACCGAUUAUAACGGAG